AUGCACAUCCAGUUCUGGACAGCGCUCCAAAAUCACCGCUGGAGACAUGCCUUCAACACCUUGAAACAAUGUGCACUGCUGCUAUACCAAAGCCAGCAACGUCGGCUCUGGCAUCUCACAGCGGGCGGACCCCACGGCUGGAGUAUAGCCGAGUUCAACCAAGAUCUCAUCUUGGAAGCCAGGGAAGAGCUCUUCAACGAAGAGCGCGAUAACGCACUCGCAGCUCUCAGACAGGCCACCACUGCCCCCAGUGUUAGUGUCACACGAAACCAACAGCCCAUCAACAACAGACCUCCAACCAACCUAAAGAGGCCCAUCUCCCCUAGCGCGGAAAACGGUGACCACAAGAAGAAAGCGCGCCCCUUUCGAGACACCACCAACUCAUCCUCCCCUUUCCCAUGUUGCGCUGUGUGCCUCGGCCGCAAUUCCCACCGCACAGUCGAGUAG